AUGGACUCUUCCGUCGCCAUGUCAGAGGGCGAGAAGACAUCUGUCGCCUCAGUUUCUCCUGCUGUAUCUCCCACCGCCCGUUGGUUUUGUCCAAUCCCGUUCGGCCCUCGUCCUCGCGAGUUUGGGGCAUUCCUGGCCACCCCAGUUUCCUCUUCCAGUGACACCUCCUCAGAGUGCCAGUACGCGCGGGGAUCUCAGAUCCCCCCACCAGUGCCCUUCCCCCUCGUCCUCCGCGCGCUCCCCGUGCACCGACCCCCCGCUGAGUCCGCCCCCCGCCUGUUGGCGCUCUCGUCCCCUCGCCCAUCGCUCCACGUCCCGCUGGUAACCACGCGGCUUCCAGAAUCGGCCACCUCGCGCACCUCCUGCUGGUUCGACGAUGACGACUCAUGCGCUCGCUCUGAUGGCGAUUGCCCUUGCAGAAGCCAGCCCAGGAGGGGUCCCGGGGAGCCAGGUCCCAGCCCUGCUCCGGGCCGUCUCGGCGCUGGCUGGGCCCGCAGCCUUGUCUUCGACCUCGCACGUGCAGCGUCGGAAGAAGCGUCGCUUGCGGGUCCCGGAGCCUCUCCCUCCGCCUGGCCGUGCUCCUGCCUGCUUGCGGCCACGACAGCAACAGGCGUUCCGGCGCAAGCCGCGGCAGUCGUCGCGCCUUCCUCCGCCGGGGCGUCGCCGUGUUCCCCAAUCGCCGCGGACACCGCCGCCGCCAGUGCCGCCGCCGUUACCGGCGCAGGCGACGCAGACAACGCCACCUCAGCAAACUGCUCAGGGGCCGCGCCCGGCCUCAUCUCCUCAGCCUCUGCCUGUGCAGCCCGAGGGGUGGCAGCGGGUGAAGCUGAGCCGCCGUCAACGGCAGUGGCAGAACCGCCGGCAGGCGUAGGGUCUGCCGCGGUCCCCACUACAGGCCCGUCAGCAUCAGCUACCACAGGCUUCCCUGUCGCAGCUGCCGACACAAUCUCCGCUUCGUCGUUUUCCCCUACCACUCCGUCCGCAUCAGCUGCGUCCCUCGGUGUCACAUGCUCCCACGUCGCCGCUCCUGCCCGCUCAGAACACCCAGGCAGUACCGUCUCCGCCGUCGUUCCAUCGGUACUUCUUCAAGUGUCCUUGGUGCAGCAGGAGGUGCAGAUCGGGGCGAUGCAGCCAGCAGAGCAAACGGCGGCGGUGGCGGCAGCGGAGGAGUUGAAGCAUUACCUCCCGCUGAUUGGCUUUGUACCGGGCUCCCCCGGAGCUGCCCUUGGGCCCGGUCCUGGUGCUUUGGCACGGCUUGCCGAGUCUGCCCAGGAGGACCCGCUCGACCUUGUAGCCGCUGCCGCAUCCGUCCUGCGCUGGUUGGACGGGCGGCUUUGCUGGGUCCUGGUUGAGUAG